GUUUUGACACAAACAGACGACGCCGCUUCGUGGGACGCUAGACGUAGAUAGGGUGGCAAUAUGGCGUGGCGGUUCAAGGUUAGCAAAUACAAGAAUGCUGCACCAAUAGUGCCCAAGAAAGAAGAUUGGGUGAAUGAUAUUAAAGUGGGUGCCCCACAGUCAUGUGGCAAUCAUGUGAAAGCAUCUGCAGCUUUCAUUGCCUUUAAUGUGGAAAAUAGAGGAGGAGGAAGUCUUGGCCUUGUACCUCUUGACUAUAAAGGCCGAGUUGAUUCUUCAACUCCAUUAAUACAUGGCCACUCAGAUCUCAUCACAGAUUUUUGUUUCUCCCCAUUUGAUGAUGGGAUGUUAGCUACCUGCUCAACAGAUGCUAAUGUAAGAAUAUGGCAUAUUCCAGAAAAUGGAUUGAAAGAGUCCCUCUCCAACGCUGAGUACUCCUUACCACAGUUUGAAAAGAGAGUUGAAAAUGUUAUGUUUCAUCCUACAACAGAGUUUUUGUUGAGCUUAGCCUACUUUGAUACCGUGAAAAUAUGGGACAUCAAGCAUGAAAAGGAACUCUUUAGCUUCAGUGGUCAUGAAGAUCAAGUACAAAACUUAUGCUGGAAUGGCAGUGGUUCUCUCCUUGUCACAUCAUCCAAGGAUCGAACUGUUCGAGUCAUUGAUCCAAGGACCAGUAAAGUGGCUUAUGAGGCUGAAGGACACAAAAGUCCCAAGGAUUCUCGCAUUGUAUGGCUUGGUCAUACUGAUCGAAUUUUGUCAACGGGAUGGGAUGCAUCUCGUGUUAGGGAAGUGAGGAUCAGGGAUGUUCGUAACUUCAGUAAACCAUACAAAGUUCAGCCUUUUGAUUCAUCAACUGGUAUUUUGAUGCCGUUAUUUGACCCGGAUACAAACAUGCUGUUCUUGGCUGGCAAAGCAGAUGUUAGCAUCAUGUAUUGGGAGGUCACUGAUAAGGAACCCUUUCUUACUGAGGGUUUGAAACAUAAUGGCUCAGUUCAGACAAAAGGUGCAUGUUUAGUGCCUAAGAGAGGUUUGGAUGUUAUGUCAGGAGAAGUAAACCGACUUUUACAGCUUACUUCAAAUGCAAUUAUUCCAAUAACAUACCAGGUACCCAGGAAGACAUACAGAGAGUUCCAUGCCGACAUAUUUCCUGACACACCUGGUUAUGAGCCUUCAUCAACAGUAUCUCAAUGGCUUGGUGGUGCCAACAUACCAACCAAAAAUGUAUCUCUUGAUCCAGCAAAGAGACCAAACUCCAAGUUCCAGAUUCAUCGAGGUCCAUUAAGUAAGCGGGAAGAAUCCAAAAUUGCUGAGGCAGAUACUCCUGUCCCAGCUCCAAGGUCCCGGAUAUCUAAUGGCACAGAAUGUAAACCAGUGAGUGAAGUGAGACCUACAUUAUCGAAGCCAAUGGUUGCAGUUAAGCCAAGUUUCAUGCCUGCCAAACCGAGCCCAACACCCAAACCAGCUCUGCGUUCCAGUUUUCCUCUUCAAGAAAAUAAAAAUCUUACCAAUGAGGAUGAUCCUUCCGCUGAUACUCCUGUUAAGAAAAACUUGGCUCAACUUCGUAAAAACUUUGAGGCUAAUGAAGAGGAGACUGAUGGGAAUUUUGGUGGCAAAUGUAUAGAGACUGAAGAAGAGUCAACUAAGCUUCGUGGGAUAAGCAUUUCACAGCUUCGUAAAAAUUAUGAAGCAAAAGAAGAACCCAAGGAAGCUGUAGAAGAGGUGGAAGAUGAAAACCCCUCCAAACUGGCAUCCAUUAGGAAGGCAUUUGAAACUCGCUCAGUCUCUGUUGAUGAGAAGAUAGUAGAGAGAAGGAGAGAAGAAGUCAGACAGGAACAGACUAUACAAGAAGAGGAGAAGGAGAAUGUUAGUGACCAAGUGACACUCCGGGAAAACAGCAAUCGUGUCAGUGCUGCAGAAAGAAGAAAAACUUUCGAGCAACGUAUGGCAAGCGUAGAAGAUAAGCCAAGCUCUCCUACUCCAAAAAGAGCUAAUGUCACACGUUCCUUCCGUCGGGUAUGCAAAUUCCGUCAUUUAAAAGGAACACCAGGGCACAAGAGCACCUGCAUAGAAAAUCUCAGAGAACUUAGCCGCACAACACCAGGCGAAUGUGAUGGUCUUGCUGCCAACUCAGAGUUUGUUGUAUUGCCUUUGAGUGGUCCAGGUGGGAAGCUAUCAGUCAUUAAACACAAAAAGCCAGGACGUCUUCCAGAUGGUGUUAUUCCAUCUUUAAUGAAUACCUCCAAUGUUAUGGAUUUCACUUUUGAUCCUUUUAAUGAUCAUACUUUGGCUGUGGCAUGUGAUGAUGGUAAAAUCAACCUUUGGCAUAUACCUGAAGGAGGGCUAAGUCAGCCAACCAAUCAACCUAAUGAAACCUUCAUGGAUGUAGGCUCUUCAGACAAGGUUACUAUUCUCAAAUGGCAUCCACUAGCUGCUGGUGUGUUAGCAGCAGCAACUGGAGAUCUCAACAUCAAGAUAUGGGAUAUACAUAGACAAAGUGUUGCACUUGUACUUACAGGACAUCCAGAUCAGAUAUUUUCAAUGGCUUGGAGUCCUUGUGGUCGUUAUCUGGCUACCAUGUGCCGUGACACUCAUAUACGUAUCUAUGAACCAAGGCAUUCCUCUGAACUAAUAAGUGAAGGGAAUGGUCCUGUAGGAGUUCGUGGUGCUAGGAUAUUGUGGGCACUGAAUGGCAAAUACUUAGUAACUCUAGGAUUUAGCAAGGUUUCAGAAAGGCAAAUUAGUGUUUACAAAUCCACAGACUUAACAAAACCUGCCAACACAGUGGGCAUAGAUGUGAGUCCAGCAAUGCUUAUUCCUUUUUAUGAUCCUGAUUCUUCGACACUCUUCGCAACAGGAAAAGGUGAUAGCACUAUAUAUGCAUAUGAAAUUGGUAGUGAUUUUCCACACCUCUUUCCCCUAUCACAUCACAAGUGUGGUAGUGUUCAUCAGGGCUUGGUGAUGCUUCCGAAACAAUUGUGUGAUGUGCGACAGGUAGAGUUUUGUAAAGCCAUGCGACUCACGUCAUCUGUUUUAGAGCCUCUCUCUUUCACAGUGCCUAGAGUUAAGACUGAGCUAUUCCAAGAUGACUUAUUCCCCCCAACAUUUGUAAGUUGGGAGCCAGUCAUGACAGCAGCUGAAUGGCUGGGAGAUACCAACCGUCCCCCUCGUACUUUGUCCCUGAAGCCUUCUGAUAUGGUGAGCUUAUCUGAAAGUCGUGAGCAGCAGUCUCCUGUUUCCUCUCAGUCAAAUAGUGGUGGACCCCACACACAUAUACGUCAUGAAACCCCUCCGUUUUUGAAGGGAAUGGUGCCUACAGAAGUUCGACAGACUCAGCACAAGAACCUAAAUGUGCCCGAAGAAGCCCAGGAAACGCAAGCAAGGUUAGAGGAAUCAAUGAGUCAGCAAAUGGAUCAGAUAUCGAAAGCUUUGGAGCAAGAUAGAAUGGAGGGUGUCGACUCCACAGAAUGGGAGGACUAGAAAUAACUAGAGCAGGGAAGGGCAUGGCAGAUGCAUACACUGAGACCCAUUACAGUGGACCAUUUCAUUCACCUACAUAUCGUGGCCUCUGAACCUGAUUGCCGAUAGUUUUUCAAAGUUUAGUUUUCCAUGUCCUUUGUAUACUUUAGGAGUUCAGUAGCAUUUGUCCCAAAUGCAACUUGAUCCAUUAAUAUAAACCAGGUUUAGAUAUAUUUAGGAUCCCUUUUAAUUUUAUACAAUUACUAAGACUGUAUUGUAUGUUGCUCAACGUGUUAGGAUAUCUGGUAUGAUAUACACAAGUAAUAUAUUUAGAUCUGAUCACAGAUAGUUUUUUUUUUUUUUUUUACUGUUAGUACUUUCUACUGAUUCAGUCAUAGAUUGCAUGCCAAAAGAAGCAUUGCAAAUAUGGUUUUCUCAUUGCUGAUUGAAGUGAGUAAAUAUUACUUAUAUUUAUUACUAUAGUUUUAGUUAUAAUGUGUCAUUAUACCUCUUAAGUAAUGAGUGUGGGACUUAUUUUUUUUAAGGUUUCUCUUAAGUACACAUAUACAGUACAAAGAUAUUGUGCUGAUUGCGAACACAUUGGUAACAGGGAGAUACUGUUUUGACAGGAAGUAAAUUUGUUAAGCUAUAUUUUUGACAGGCUUUAGUAAAAUGAGUUUGACAGGCUUUAGUAAAAUGAGUUAUAAAGUCCAUAAGACUUCACUGUCUUGCACGUUAUGUUUUAUUACUGUGUAUUAUUAUACACUCACUUUAAUUAUGACUAAGUGCUCCAGGGAUCACUUUCAUCAUCAAUGAUAUACAAUAUAUUGUACAUGGAUGUUACAUAGGAUAUUACUUUUUGGAAAUUUGAUCUAUGCUAAUUUCCAUGUGUUGGAAUAUAAUAAUACAUAGUAAAUGUAAAGAUUGCAUUCAAGGGAAAAGAAUAGUUGCAAUGAAGAGUCUUGGCCAGUGAAUUAACAUAGACAUUUUACACCAGAUGUGCAUUGGUGUGCGCCUUUGUUGUCUUACAAAUGCCAUUGAUGGUCUUUAAUUCUUCACAGACUUUCAGAGAAACUUUCUCCAAUCACACCAGACAUUACCUAGUACAAAUAGAAAGAUUUUACAAAUCAUGUGUUUAACUGCAUCCAUGCUUGAGGUAUUAAAGAAAUUUUAGAUUGAUGGUGCUUUUAUUUAUAGUUUUCUUUUGUAAGUGAUGGUGAUACUGCAGAACAAGAAUGGUAUGCAUAAGCUGAUAUGCAGAUUGAUGUGUAGUUUUAAAAUCUUUGACAAAUGGCUGAAAUAACUAUCAGCCAUACUUCAAGUCCCUCUGGAGUUUUAAGAUGUGCCAUCUUUGGUGCUUAUAACUGUACCUUUCUAUUUUUAGAAUCCACUUUUAUAUACCCUAUUUUUCAGGAUCUGUGUGUUUUGUAUGCUGCAUAAAUAAUUACGGUAUUUUGCAAUCAGGCUAUGAUAAUAUUUACUGGUAAAAAAUUGUGAUAAGUAACUUUUCAUAGCUUUAAUCAGUACUCUGACAAGGAAAUAAUUGGAAAUAUAGCUAGUCUAAACAGUUUUAGAAUUUCACAGCUCAUAAUGUGUUAGGAUAAGCCAUUUUUCCAGCAGCAUUAUUUGUGAACGAAGUACUGUGCAUCAGAUUAUUUAACUUGUUUUGUUCUCAACCAUUUAGUUACAGUUCAUAAAACAAAAUUUUAAUUUUGGUUAAGGAAUUUCAAGAUGCUUAAGUAUUGUCAUUUUGUGAAUACUACUGUAAUUCGGAAACCUUAGGAAUAUAUUUCUUUAGUUUAUUAUGUUUUAUUAUAUGUUGUAGGGAAAUAACCUCCUUGGAAUCUUUGAAAUCAGAUUUUUAGAGGGAUUUUUUAAGGUACAGGAUUGCCCAUAUUAGUUGAUAAAAGUGCAAAAUUGACAUUGCUGUUGCUAGUUUAAAGCUGAAGAGUUUCCUUGGGUUUCCCUCUAAAAGGCUCUCUCUUCUUUUUAAGUAAUGAUGUACAUUUAUUUUGAUCCAUGAUAUUUUUUAUUCUUUUCUUUAUUUUUACAUUUUAUCCACAUGCAUUCACAUGUCAGUAAAAGCAUAGCUUAUUCUUAGCAGGAAGGGGAUAUGCAGGUCAGGGUUCUAAGAAACUGCUAAUUUUGUAUUAUUGCAAAUAGGUGUAAGAAAGAAUUCAAGGAAGCAUUACCAUCAAUGUCUUGCAUUCUAAAGGAUUGUUGUGGUGUUAGGUUGUGAAGGAAUUUCUAAGAAUUUCUUUUCUUUUGGUUUACAUAGUUUGCAAUCCUGCAUGCUUUAUUUUAUAUCAAAGAUAGUGAAUAGGUCAGAUGAUGUAGUUAAAUGAUAACUACCUUUCAGCUGUAUAAGUAGGGUUAUUACUUUUAAGCUUAUUGUAUAUUGUAUUAGAUACAUUAAGGUUUUUCUACUUCAAAAAGUAAAAAGACUGUAGGAAUUUGACAAUAGAAUAUACAGUAUAUAUUUAUAGGUCUUUUUCAUAUUUACUGUUUCUGUUUUCAUAAACUUCAAAAAGUAAACAGACUAGGAAUUUGACAACAAGAGUAUACAGUAGUAUACAUAUUUAUUUGUAUUUUUCAUGUUUAUUUGAUGUUUUUGUUUACAUUGUAAGUCCCAUGUUGGAUCAAGAAAAUUUUUCUGAUAAACUAAGCCACUUCAUCUCUUCAUGCAAAAACUAAUGUAGUAAUUGGCACUGUUUUACACUUGAAACUUCAUAUUUUCAAAGGCUGGGCAAGGAAUAGCCUGUGCAGGCUUUUGUUUUAAGGGAAUGAUGUUUGGUUCUCUUUAUUUAAGAUAUGAAACAAAACAGAUUAACCAUGAAAGUAGCCCUGGUACCUACAUGUAUGUGCCAAAGUUCAUGGCUGAUUUUUAUAUCUUGAUGCUGUAGUGGUGUUCUGUUGUUUUCUUUGGAGUAUAUUGUUGGUUUUGUAAUUGUCUGUAUGAUCUAGUCAUGAUCAGUUUUUUAUUUUGAAUAUUUGUGGACUCUGCUGAUUAUGAUGCAGAAUUUUUCAUCCUAAAUUAACUAGUCAUAUGGGUAUAUAUCCAAAUAAGAUCUGAGAUUGUGAAUUUAUACCUGUGAGACCUUAAUGUUUUCAACUACUUUAUGGUGUUGUACAUGGUUGUAUGAUUCUGCCUUAGUUACCAAGAUGAGCUGAAGAUUUUCACUUAUAAAUGGAAAUGGACCCAGAUAAGCAUUGAAUUUGCUCUAUGCAUUAUCUGCCUUUCAAAGGUUUUGUGGAUAUCACACCAUUGAAAAAUCUAUGAGAACUCAGGUAGAUCAUUGGGUCUUUGUUUUAGAUAUUACUGUGAUGUUGCUAUAUGAUAUAGUAUUGAAAUUGGAUUUAAGUUUGUCCUCUUUGAGGUUUUUCAUUUAGUUUUGUAUGUGUAUAAGGUACCCAUAGUAUAAUUCAGUGUGCUCUAAAGUAUUGUGUGUAUGAUUGUAGUACUGUCUAUAAUAAAAGCAGAAUGGUACAUGUACAGUUUCCUUUCAUUUACUGCAGUUCAUUCAGAAUCACACAUUAGAUGUAUGCAUGUGUGAGUUGAAAUGAGUAAAUGUACCAGUGAUGUGUACGUACAACCUAAGGUUUUUGACUGUACUGUUAAGUUUUAUUUCAAGCAAUUUUCUAAAAUUGAGAGUAUGGAAAUGGAAUAAGUGGUGCAGUGUAUUCACGUAUUUGUAUUCCCAUCCUAUUUUAUAAUUGCCAGUUCCCUUUGUAUGUGUUUUUUACUUGUAUUCCAUUCUCAUCGUAAUGGUACUAUUACCUCUUUAGCCAAAAAAGACUGCACCUCCAAUCAUAGCACUUUUAAAAAUAUAGCAUUUGUAUGUUGAAUUUUUCAUAUUGACAUUUGAAGAAAAUUACUUUCAUCUAAAAUAUUAGAGACUUCAUGGUUAGUUUACAGAAAUCGGCAUAGUCUUAUCUUGGAAAAUAGCUUUACGUAUAUUGGAUGUAGAUGUGGGAGAGUAAAGCCUCUACCACAUUUUAUGGUUACUUUUUAGAUAAAAUUUGUUAAUCUGAUUAAAAUUUUGCUGAAUUACAAUAAUUUUUUUUCACAAACUUUAAUGUGUAACAUUCAUAAAGUGUUGAGGACUAAAAGUGUCAUUAAUAGCCCAAAUUUAGUUGGGUUUACAUCUUGGUAGUUGAAUAUAAUAAUCUGUACCUAUUAUAGCUCUAAGUAGUUGAUGUUGGCUAGUUACCAUUUUGCUUAAUUAUGGUCCAAUUGUUUCAUUAGGACCAUACAAUAACCUUUUCAAUAAUUUAAUAUGGGAUAAAAUUUUCAUGUGUCAUUUCAUUACACAAUUACAAAUAGUGCAUGUUCUGCCUUUUGGAGGAUAUCUAACAAAGGAGAGUGCUUUGAGGUGCAGAAUUUUUUGCCUUCAGUAGACCCAUAUUUUAUUUUGAGAAUUUGUAACCAAUUUAAAUCUUUAGUCUGUAGUUACUAAACCUGCCAGGAUUAUCUUAUCUUUGGCUGAAUCAUGAUAUGUGAGUGCUAGGUCUUUUCAUUACCACUUUGUCAUGCAAGAAUUAUGAGGUGCAUUAUUAGCUGCAGCUUCUACAAUGACAUGUUUUUGGUGAUUUUAUACUGUCUCUUCCACUAUUUAUAUGAUAGUUGAGGUUAGUCAUUGGUGACAUGCAUUCCUACUUUUAUAUUCCAUAACUGUUAAUCUGAAGGGAAGGAGCACUUUUGUAAACUCUAGAUAAUAUUUGAAAUCUGGGGUUCCUUCAUAAACAAGUGAUAUUUUUAGGCCGAGUGUAAUGGGGAACCUUUUAGUACAUAAAAUCUUUUUAUUAUUAUAGCUAUGUUGGGUAUGGGGAUUACCGAGUAAUUAAGGUCUAAUUUUGUAUGCUGAGGCUUUGUACAUUUAAGUGAUAAUCCUGCGUGAUCUUGCAUGGGAAGUAUAACAUUACAGUAAUAAGAGUGGUUACCUUGCGACAAGGUUUAAGAGAGUUGUGUGUUUUUGUUUUUUUCUUGAUUUUUGAAUGACAUUAGGUUUUCUGUUGACUGUUCCCUCCUUAUUUGGGAAUAUAUCAUUACUGUUAAGUUCAUUCUGUGUGUAUUGUUCAAAUACCUUGCUUUAAUUUUUACCUGUUACUAUUCAGUAUUAUUCUGUCAAUAUUGUAAUAUACUUGGUAUGAAGUAGAUUUUGAGUUUAUGAAUGGGCAUAAAAAAAUUUAAGAAUGGCUGGAAAUUCCUCGAGUGCUUAGUGUAUGAUUUUUUUCAAUUUUGGCAAAAGUGUGAUGAACUAGAAGUUGAAAUGGAAAUGCUGGAAACACUGCCUUAUAAAAAGGUAACUUAAAAAUGAGUAAUUUAUUCUGCCGUAGUUGGGCAGACUCUUAAAGAAGCCUUCUGCAAGUUCUCUUUGGUGUGUUUUGGCCUAAUUAAAAAAUAAUGUGACCAGACUAGUAAGCCAUUUUUACCUUAUGAUUUUUAAUAAGUAUAAUAAAUUUUUAAAAACUUUGAUAUAGUAAUUAUUUGCUCGAUCAAAAUUGGAGCAAGCUUUUAAUUUUUAAUGCUCUCCUUUAGAUUAUUUUAUGUAAGCAGUUAUUCUUGUGUGGGAGCAAUACUAAGAUUGUCUCUCAGCCAUUUACAUUUUGAAUGUCACUGAUUCUUGGUUUAUGAGAGUACUUGACUAAAUACCAUGAACUGUGACAAAGAAACUAAACCAAAGGUCAACUGCAAUCCUGUUCUGUGAAAUUUGUCAUUCUUUGUCGCAUAUACAAUAAAUUCACCCACUCA